UAGGACCUCGGAGAAUCCUUCCAGCAGCAAUCAGGACUACCUUAAACCCAGCCCAAUGCCUCUUCCUGCGCCACUCUGCGUGCUGGAUGGAGAUCCACAGUCAAGAGCUGCAGCUCAGUGCUGGAGUACAACAUUUCACAGGGAGCCCUGCAGAAGCAACACCUGUUUCGAGCCAGCCAAGAAAGACACAAGCACUUGUGAAGUUGGGAACUAUUUCGGUGUGCAGGAUGCAGUACCCUUUGGGAAUGUGCCCGUUUUGCCGGUGGAUAGUCCGGUUUUGUUAAGUGACCACCUGGGUCAGUCUGAGGCAGGUGGGCUACCCAGGGGGCCUGCGGUCACGGACUUGGACCAUUUAAAGGGGAUCCUCAGGCGGAGGCAGCUAUACUGCAGGACUGGAUUUCAUUUAGAAAUCUUCCCCAAUGGUACUAUCCAGGGAACCAGGCAAGACCACAGCAGAUUUGGUAUACUGGAAUUUAUCAGUAUAGCAGUGGGCUUGGUCAGCAUCCGAGGAGUCGACAGUGGACUUUACCUUGGAAUGAAUGAGAAGGGGGAACUGUAUGGCUCGGAAAAAUUAACCCAGGAGUGUGUAUUCAGAGAGCAAUUUGAAGAAAACUGGUAUAACACAUAUUCAUCAAAUCUAUAUAAACAUGUGGACACUGGAAGACGAUACUACGUUGCGUUAAAUAAAGAUGGGACUCCACGAGAAGGGACUAGGACUAAACGGCAUCAAAAAUUUACACAUUUUUUACCUAGACCAGUGGACCCUGAGAAAGUACCAGAACUAUAUAAGGAUAUUUUAAGCCAAAGUUGACAAAGACAAUUCCUUCACUUGAGCCCUUAAAAAGUAACCACUAUAAAGGUUUCAUGCGGUGGGUUCUUAUUGAUUAGCUGUGUCAUCACAUCAGCUCCACUGUUGCCAAACUUUGUCGCAUGCAUAAUGUAUGAUGGAGGCUUGGAUGGAACAUGCUGAUUUUGUUCUGCACUUAAAGGUUUGUCCUCCUGGAGGAGAGCCUAUGCCCACUCGCUUGAUUUAGUACGAGAGGGAGCGCGAGAGAGUGAGUGCGAGAGAGAGAGAAAGGGAGAGGAUGAAUGGGAGUGAGAGCGCGCGAGAGAGGAGCCGAGGGGAGGAGGAGGGUGAGGAGGAGGAGGAAGGCCUGAUGCAUGCUGGGGAAUAGACACGCUUUUAAAUUUUUGAUCAGUUGUACUUCGUCAUAUAUCAGCAUAGCUGCCAUACUUCGAUUCAUCAGGAUUUUUGGCUGGUGGCCUGCUCAAGUGUACGCUGCAUUUACAAAGGCAUGGAGGGUGCAGUCUUACUUAAACAAGAGACUUUUCAGUUAAUCGCUCUCUGGG